GUCGACCCCAACGGCAAUGUUAUAAAUAAUGGCCCAGCAAGAAAGUAUGGCCCAGCAAUAAAGCAUGGCCCAGCAAUUAAACAUGGCCCAGCAAUAAAGCAGUCCGCUACCCCUGCCUUGGCUUAUAAAACAGGCUACGGCAAUGGCAGUGAAGUUACAGGCGAAGAGGCCAGGCGCCAACAAACUCGCCAACACUACGAGCAGUAUAUCGCUUAUCGCGGUCGAGGACCCCCCAUCCAAGCGCAAGCGCAAACGCAAACGCAAGCGCCCACUGGGUUUGAAUAUGUGUCUCGCCUCACCUCUGAGGCGCAAGUCCGUGUGGCCUUGGAUUACGUUGCACACACCCAGGGCAAUGUGUCAAUGAAAGAGCGACACAUUGCUGCAUUGUUUCACAGAUUAGAAGAGGUGCGGAUACAAGGCGGGAUUGCGCAGAGUUGAAAUGCUCACUCACCGCUAGUAAGCAUGAGAAGAAGAGAGAAAUGAUUUUAAUGACGGUAUUGUUUUCUAGAUUGGAAAACAAGAGUGAAUAACCUGAUGCCACCAAGGCGUGUACAUGUAUAUAGUUUUAGCAUUUAGCAUCUUAGACAUUGCCCCAGGGUGGGCGGCCACCCAGCAUUAGCAGGCAAGAAGGGGGAAAAGCAAAGCUUGCCAAUAGGAAAAUUAAAGAACCUGACUAGAUA